UUCUUCCACUAAAGCGUUUGCGGAGACUUCAAGGUAUAAUCUAUCCCAGAUCCUUUCCCAGAGAGAAACUUGGCGAUCACGUUUUCACAUGAUGCUCACGCUCAGGGCGCUUCAAUUAUCCCUCCCCACAAAGAUAGGUGGCGCGUGUUUCAGGGUCUCUCUCUCUCCUACAGAAAAGAAAAAGAAAAAAAUGUCAUUAGAAGAGGCGUAACACGUCAGUCCGUCCCCAGGUUUGUGUUUCCUGGAGUGGCCGAAAGAGAUCAGUUCUAACCUGCUCCGCAGGAAUAACGGUCCUGCCUCCCGACACUCUUGGCGAGGUUUUGUACAGUUUGCUCCGGGAGCUGUUUCUUCGCUUCCACCUUUUUCUCCCCCACACUUCGCGGCUUCUUCAUGCUUUUUCUUCUCACCAUUUCUGGCCAAAACUACAAACAAGACUUCGCAGAUCGAGCCUGCGUGCUGCCGAAGCAGGGCGCCGAGUCCAUGCGAACUGCCAUCUGAUCCGCUCUUAUCAAUGAAGCAGCCGAUCAUGGCGGAUGGCCCCCGGUGCAAGAGGCGCAAACAAGCCAAUCCCAGGAGGAAAAACGUGGUGAAUUAUGACAAUGUAGUGGACACGGGUUCCGAAACCGACGAGGAGGACAAGCUUCAGAUUGCUGAGGAGGACGGGAUUGCUAACCCUCUGGACCAGGAGAGGAGUCCAGCUAGCGUGCCCAACCAUGAGUCCUCCCCUCACAGGAGCCAGGCUCUACUGCCAAGAGAGGAGGAGGAAGAUGAGAUAAGAGAGGGUGGAGUGGAACAUACCUGGCACAACAACGACAUUCUCCCAGCCUCUGUAGAUGGUCCAGAAGAAAUGAAGGAAGACUAUGACACUAUGGGGCCGGAAGCCACGAUCCAGACCACAGUUAACAAUGGUACAGUUAAGAAUGCAAAUUGCACAUCAGACUUUGAGGAAUACUUUGCCAAAAGAAAACUGGAGGAACGCGAUGGCCACGCAGUCAGCAUCGAAGAGUACCUUCAGCGCAGUGACACAGCCAUCAUUUACCCAGAAGCCCCUGAGGAACUGUCUCGCCUUGGCACGCCCGAGGCCAAUGGGCAGGAAGAAAAUGACCUGCCACCUGGAACUCCAGAUGCUUUUGCCCAACUGCUGACCUGCCCCUACUGCGACCGGGGCUACAAGCGCUUGACAUCACUGAAGGAGCACAUCAAGUACCGCCACGAGAAGAAUGAAGAGAACUUUUCCUGCCCUCUGUGUAGCUACACGUUUGCCUACCGCACCCAGCUCGAGCGGCAUAUGGUGACGCACAAGCCAGGGACAGAUCAGCACCAAAUGCUGACCCAAGGAGCAGGUAAUCGCAAGUUCAAAUGCACAGAGUGCGGCAAGGCCUUCAAAUAUAAACACCAUCUGAAAGAACACCUGCGAAUUCACAGUGGUGAAAAACCGUACGAGUGCCCCAACUGCAAGAAACGUUUCUCCCAUUCUGGUUCCUACAGUUCACACAUCAGCAGCAAGAAAUGUAUUGGCUUAAUCUCUGUAAAUGGCCGGAUGAGAAACAAUAUCAAGACGGGUUCUUCCCCUAAUUCUGUUUCUUCUUCUCCUACUAAUUCAGCCAUUACCCAGUUAAGAAACAAAUUGGAGAAUGGAAAACCACUUAGUAUGUCUGAACCAACAGGCUUACUUAAAAUUAAAACAGAACCACUAGACUUCAAUGACUAUAAUAAAGUUCUUAUGGCCACACACGGGUUUAGCGGCACUAGUCCCUUUAUGAAUGGUGCACUUGGAGCCACCAGCCCUUUAGGAGUUCAUCCGUCUGCUCAGAGUCCGAUGCAGCACUUAGGUGUAGGGAUGGAAGCCCCUUUACUCGGAUUUCACACAAUGAAUAGUAAUUUAAGCGAGGUACAAAAGGUUCUACAGAUUGUGGACAACACAGUUUCCAGGCAAAAAAUGGACUGCAAGGCUGAAGAAAUUUCCAAGUUGAAAGGUUAUCACAUGAAGGAUCCAUGCUCUCAACCUGAGGAACAAGGAGUUACUUCUCCUAAUAUUCCACCCGUAGGUCUUCCAGUAGUGAGUCAUAAUGGUGCCACUAAAAGUAUUAUCGACUACACGUUAGAAAAAGUCAAUGAAGCCAAAGCUUGCCUCCAGAGCUUGACUACUGACUCAAGGAGACAGAUCAGUAACAUAAAGAAAGAGAAGCUACGUACUUUAAUAGAUUUGGUCACUGAUGACAAAAUGAUUGAGAACCACAACAUAUCCACUCCAUUCUCCUGCCAGUUCUGUAAAGAAAGUUUCCCUGGCCCCAUUCCUUUGCAUCAGCAUGAACGUUACCUUUGUAAGAUGAAUGAAGAGAUCAAGGCAGUCCUACAACCCCAUGAAAACAUAGUCCCCAACAAAGCCGGAGUUUUUGUUGAUAAUAAAGCCCUCCUCUUGUCAUCUGUACUUUCUGAGAAAGGAAUGACAAGCCCCAUUAACCCGUACAAGGACCACAUGUCUGUACUUAAAGCAUAU